UCCCCUGCCUGCACCUCCAGCCCUGGGGCCGCGGGUUCGAGUCCUGGCGCUGCCCGGCCGGGGCUGGAGGGGCACGGGGUGCCGCUGAUCCCGGCUUUGCCGCCGCAGGGAGCCCGGAAGAGGCUGCCAUGUCCAUCCCCUCCGCCAACAGCACCCUGCAUCUGCCCGCCGGCUUCGACACCCUUCUCGAGGGGCUGGCGCUGGAGGUGCUGCGCUCACAGCCCACUGACGUGGUGGCCUUCGCUGCCCAGCACUUCCAGAUGCUUCUGGAGCGCAGAGAGGCGAUCUCAGCCGACCCGUUGGUGAGUGGUGUCCCCCAAGCCCCUCUCCAGGAACUGGAGGAAACUGAGGAGAAGGAGGACGAGGAGAAGGCAGAGGAGCAGGCAGGCAGCGUUGCAUCUGUGGACACAGUAAGGGACACAGCACCUGCAAGCGGCUCCGCUCAACUUGCCACCUGCGCCGGGAGAGCUGCUGGGGAAGCAAGACCCUGCUGGAGCCCCUCGCCCACCGCUGCCGCCCACCUGUCCUGCGCCAUGGACUGCUGCAACGAGGGAGCCUGCACAAAGCUGGACGAGGACAUCCUGGACAUCCCCUUGGACGAUCCUGACGCGAACGCAGCGGCCGCCAAGAUCCAGGCUAGUUUCCGUGGCCAUAUGACCCGCAAGAAGAUCAAAGGGGGGGAGAUCGAUCGGAAAACCAAGGACGCUGAGUGCGCCAACAGCACCCGUGGGGGCGACCUCCGCAACGGCGAUUAGGGGCCGCCACUUGCCAGAUCCCCUUUGCCGCCGACCCCCGCCGUCCACCGAGGCCCAGGAGCCCCUGCUUCGCCCCCUCAACCCUGCAUGCGCCCCCCGGGCCCUUGCUCAGCUGGUCCCCACCUGCCCCCUACCCCAAUAAACGCCCCUGCCAGGGGCCCAGCCUGUC